AUUGCCCAAAUUCAAACGCCGGCCUAUUGAAGCCGCCAUCCCCCAGCGGUGCCGGAGUUUGAGGAGAUUCGGUAACCGGUCCCUCGGUGACCGCGAGAACACAAACCAUCCGCGGGAUUGCAGUCGGAGGUUUUUGUUGAACUUUACCCCCGGAAGGGGAAGUGCAGAGUCAGUGCUCCGCUGGACUGGCGCUCGGUCGCUGCCUCAAACUUUCCCUUUAAUUUUCUUUAUUUCUCGGCCGACGGGAAUGGGGACGCGGGACGACGAGUACGAUUACCUGUUCAAAGUUGUCCUGAUUGGUGAUUCGGGAGUGGGAAAAAGUAACCUCCUGUCACGCUUCACGCGCAAUGAGUUUAACUUGGAAAGCAAGAGCACAAUUGGAGUGGAAUUCGCAACAAGAAGCAUCCAGGUGGAUGGGAAGACGAUUAAAGCCCAAAUCUGGGACACAGCUGGUCAGGAGAGAUAUCGAGCUAUCACAUCGGCAUAUUACCGUGGAGCUGUUGGUGCGUUGUUGGUUUACGAUAUCGCUAAACACCUAACGUACGAGAAUGUGGAGAGGUGGUUAAAGGAGCUGAGGGAUCAUGCGGACAACAAUAUAGUCAUCAUGUUGGUGGGGAACAAGAGUGAUCUGCGUCACCUCCGAGCUGUGCCCACCGAUGAGGCGAAGGCCUUUGCAGAGAAAAAUGGAUUGUCUUUUAUAGAAACUUCAGCUUUGGACUCAACAAAUGUAGAGACUGCUUUCCAAACCAUUCUCACAGAAAUUUAUCGUAUUGUGUCUCAGAAGCAAAUAUCAGACAAGCGUGAAAAUGACAUGUCACCAAGUAAUAAUGUGGUCCCCAUUCACAUGCCUCCAACGACUGAGAACAAACCAAAGAUGCAGUGCUGUCAAAAUAUCUGAACUAAAUUCAUUCACCAUUCUCUGGGCCUUGGUAUAUUGUACCUGUGUACUGCUUGCUGUUCCUUUUGUAAUUCAAAAUGUGCUGAUUAAUGUGACAAUGACCUUAAACUUGUCAUGUGUCUUUAUAAGCAAAUUACUGCAUUAAAUUAAUUUCAGCUAUGGAGCAUUUUUAUAUAAUAUUCACAAGUAGAGUAAAAAUAACUCUAUCAUGUAAAGUGAUGCUGUUUUAAGUGGUGUUGGCAAAAGGGCAUAUUGAAUAACCACCCACAAGCCUUACUGUUGUAGGUGCUUUACAAGAUGCACAUGUUUAAGAAUAGGAAUGUUCAUGAAGUGUUAAUCACACAGACGGCAUUUCUUUUCAACUCACUGAUUUGACCCUCUUUCUUUCUGUCACAUUUCUUGGUAUUAGAUGUAACUGAUGUUUUGUAAAUUACUCCUGUGUAUUUUAUGCAUGUACUAUGAUUGUUUUUCCAAAUAGUUUAUAACAGUUUAAAAUAUAUUCCAUGCACUUAAGUCUUAAUUAAAAUGAAAUAUAGGGGAAUUUGUUUUGUUUAUUUCAAGG